AUGUACUGGCCAAAUGGAGUGCCCCGAGUCUAUGCAGUGAACGGUCCUGAGAUAAUACAGCAAGCGGUCGAGCAGGAUGAUGGCGGAACAGAGGCUAAUGGGGAGCAAGCGGACGAGAGAGAGCAGAGUAGUGGCUUGCUCAAAGACGAGCAGCAAGGGACGACGCAGGAUGCUGGAGGAGAUGCAUGGGCUGAUGAGCCGAUAGCUGGACUAUGUGUCUCCAAGAACGGAGCCUUGUUUGCUACCAUGACAGAGACAUCACUAGCUAUCUGGCAGACCAAGGUAGCCGUUGUCGCGGCAGUCAAACGGUCUCCCCUAUCUAUACAGAACUACGGCCCGAACGUAGCUCUCCUACUUCGACCUGAUUCCGGCAUCAUUGUUGUACAGACUCUGAACGGCUACUUGAUAACGUAUUCCAUUGCAACUGAUGCACAAUCACACAUAUACCAGCAGUUUUUUUUACAGCCACAGUCUAGACGAAACGUCACAUCCAACGACUCCCAUUCAAUCCGUGAAGUUAGCCUACGGUUCAGGGUGGCCAUCAAGGUUGAUGCCGGAAUCAGCAAAGCUGUGGCAUUAGAUAAUGAGCUAAUGGUUGCUACAAUGAAACCUGCGGCCAUACAGCUAAUUCGGUGGACUCCCGAUAGUAGCGGUAAUCAAACCAGCACUGAACUUCUGAGCCGAAUACCAUGGCUUUCAAAGAAGUCACUUGUUGUGGAAAUGAUCUAUGAUCGUGCUAUGAACCUGCUACUAUGGGUGACGAGUGAUGGCCGAGUCUACGCUGUACAGUACGGGUAUCGAGAGGCCGAAGAAUCUGCUCCUUCCAAGGUCAAUUUCACCGGCCAUAGAUUUCACAAUCCAGAAAAUGACAACCAGCGAGCACUUCAGGUUGCUGUAAACGCAAGGUUCUCUCUUUUUGCUGUAAGCUGUGUUAGCGGCGAGAUAUACAUAUAUGCUGCCAGAGAUUACUCAGGCAAUAUCCCGCUGUCCCAUAAACUUCAAAUGCCGGCGUCCGCAACCACUAUGGGAAAGAUAUCCUUUCUAAGUUAUUCAUAUGACGGCUACUGUCUGUUUGCAGGCUACGAAAACGGGUGGACAACAUGGAGCGUAUUUGGAAAACCUGGCGGCACUAGCUUUACUGCGGACAAAUCGCUUGCUGAAAGUAAUGGUGAAACAUGGCUAGCUGGAGUUUCGAUGGGUGCAUGGAUCGGUGGCGGUUCUGAUAUUCUUUUGGCAUCCUCCAAGGAUAAACGAAUAUGGGUUCUAGAGGCUGCACGCAGUGCCUUGACCGGUUGUUUUUCGUCCGCAAAUCUAGCUCGAGCACUUCUCCAAACAGGCACAGAAAUCAUUCUAUAUCGUGGCCACGAUCUUCCUGAUUUAACAACAAUAUCGGGUAAAGAUUCGUUGUGGCAUCAUGCCCAGUACCCGCCCGGUUAUCUUCACGCUCAGUGGCCUAUUCGCACAUGUUGUGCCUCACAGGAUGGUAGGUAUGUGGCUGUGGCUGGCCGGCGCGGCCUGGCUCACUAUAGCGUCCACAGCAAUAGAUGGAAAACGUUUGAUGACCCUAAAGUUGAAAAUUCUUUUGCCAUACAAGGGGGAAUGUGUUGGUAUGGCCACAUCCUUAUUGUUGCAGUUGAGUGUGAUUCGUCGUAUGAGUUGCGUAUGUAUUCCCGUGAGCUUCCUCUUAACAACUCUUCAAUACUCCAUUCCGAGCCUCUCCCAGCACCAGCAGUAUUUAUUGGUCCCUCAGGGGAGGAUUCUCUCCUGGUAUACACUUACGAUAACAUAUUAUACCAUUACGUUAUAAACGCUGUCGGGACAAGGAUAAGCCUUGUUCAGGUCGGUCAAAUAACGUUUAAUGGGAUCGUGAGAGCUCCAGCUCGUGUUCGCGCAAUCAGCUGGAUACUACCAGAGGAUCAACUUCGUGACGGCGACCCAUCUCAAGAUGUCGCGGUAGCGUCGGUUCUCUUUCUUGUUGAUGGAAAGUUAGUAUUGCUGCAGCCUUCGAUAUCGCCAAGUGGAGCUUUGAAGUACGAUAUGCGUGUUGUAGCUCAUGACGUUGAAUACUACAUCCUUAUGCGGGACCAGCUUUCAUUUAAUUUUGCUCCGCCAAACGAUGAACCGAGUUCAGCAGGGCAAACCUCAGAAAUAACAUCUAACAGCUCCUCAUCAGAUAUCUCACUAAGAGAUUCUUUAUGGGUCUUUGGCGGGAAGGACCUGUUUGUAUGGAGUGAUAUGCAAGAUGUGCUCCGUCCAACUGGCCGAUCAAUUGAAGGCCCGAAGAACCUACCUAUACCCACUGAUUUUUACCCAGUGUCGAUACUUCUAAAUAAGGGUGUCGUUCUUGGCAUCGAGCCUGAGAUCACACAAAGGCGUGAUGUUACCUUUACAUUAUUGAGAUUUGCAAUCAGAACUCAAUUAUUCUUGCCAUAUGUGCUACAGCACAAUUUAUCAUAUUUUGAUACACCCUCCGCCCUCUCGAUUUGCCACCAUUUCUCACACCUAUCAUACUUCCCUCAUGCACUAGAGAUCCUGCUACAUCAUGUUUUGGAUGAGGCAGUGGAUGACCAUAGUACAGGGAACGUUAUUGAGGCCCCGGUGAAAGGGAAGCAGUUACUACCUGGGGUUCUGGCGUUCCUCCAAGCCGCCAAUCCACCCGAACUCUACCUUGACAUACUUGUCCAAUGUAUCCGGAAAACAGAGCUACGAUCGUGGCGCACCCUUUUCGCUUACUUACCUCCCCCCAACGAGUUAUUCGAGCAGGCACUGAAGUUUAACUCGUUAAAGACGGCUGGAGGCUACUUGCUUGUUCUUCAGGCAUUUGAUGAUGUCGAUGAUGAAGAUAGUGCGGAUAGCAUUGACAAAAUUGAGGAUUCUGCCGUCCGUCUCCUACGGUUAGCAUCCCAACGGGGGGACUGGGAGUUAUGCGGUGAGAUUGCGCAGUUUCUCAUUGCACUGGAUGGUUCCGGCGAGGUGUUGAAACGUGCAGUUGUGAGGGUUGGGUUGAGAAGGGAGGCUCCUGGCAGUAUUGACGUGGAUGGAGGCCCAAUCCCUCGUUUUGGAAUGUUGGACAUAGGUCCAUGA